UCUCCCCUGAGUAUGAGGACAGCUGCCUUAGGAAACACAGAACCUAUCUCUGUUGUCCCUUUUCUCCGCUCUGGGUUUCUGGCUUUGUUCCCCUCUGUCACCAACAUGCCUCAGCCCCCGUGGAGGGUGAAAGUGGCGUGCCACAGAGAACACUUUGGAGCCUUGGUGCCAUCAUUCGUGAAAUGAUUAUGCUACCUCAUGGCGCGACCUAAGGAGGGGAAACCAGUAAGACUUCCUGCCCAGGGCCUACUACGUAACGUUCUGCAAAUGGCAGCCAGAAAUGUCAUUAUACUGCCCCCGCCCCCGCCCCCGCCCUGUCCUGCCCUGCCCGACUCAGCCUGAGCAUGGCUAACACAAAACCCGUUAACAAGCCCUUUUCUCUCUCCUGGAGGACAGCUGGGCCAGGCUGGGUUUUUCCAAGAGAACGUCGUCACAGAGGAAGAGGCAUGAAGUGGUCCAGGUGGCAGAGUGUGGGUUUUCUAUCCUGCAGCAGCAAAUGCCACGGACCGCCAGACUCCACCGCCUAGCUGAGGGCCUGCCCCUGUCCAAGGACUUGGCUCCUCUUCUCCUCUGCCCUUUUUCUGCAGCCUAAAGGGCCCGGGAAAAGGCAGCCAGCCCCUGAAGCUCCCCUAGUCACGUCGGCACAGACAGAAGAAGCCCAUACAUACGACGUUUUUCCUAUACUGGCUUAUCUCCUUGUCCUGGUCACACCAGUGCUUUAACAGGGACCUUCCAAAGACCCAGGCUUGGCUAAAUGCCCCAGUCCCCGGAUGGGAGGGCAGCAGGUUUUUCCAGGGCCCUUAGGGCUCAUAGGCCUUAAAGCUGCCAAACCUUGACACCUAGCUUCUAAGGCUCCCUUAUGCCUGCAUUGUCCUCCUUCCCACCCACCCCAGCUCACUCAGUAGUCUGGGUGAGGUUAGGAAAGUGGGGUGUCCAGUUCCCCUGGUCACACCCCCACCGAGCACCUGGUUUCCUCUGCAGGGUGUCCUCCACCACUGCCUGUGCCUUUAAGGACUGCUGCCCUGAGCCAAGCUCUUGACCUCAGCAUCCUCAGCUGAGUUGGAUUAAGGGACCCUUUCAUGCCUUUGCAAAUUCCUUCUGCCUGCAUUCUUCCCCCACACAGAGACCGAGUAGCCAGUAGCCUGAACCGUCCGUCCGCCAAGGGCCGUCUGAAAGUCAGUCUAGUCUGGCAGCCCUUCCCCCAAGGGAGCAGAGGCUGCCCCUUGAUAGGCAGUUUCGGAUCAGAGAGUGGGCCCUUGGCGGUCUUGGGCUAUCACAGGGACUCCAGGAAAGCCAUGCAGAGCCUUGAGCCAUGAAGGAAUGCUCAGAUAUCAUCCUCUGUGCGGAGGCGACAGAGCUGAGCAAGACUGAGUUCUGCAAUCCUGCUUUUGAGCCUGAAUCAGGGCCUCCCCCACCGGCCUUCCGGGAGGAUGCCAGCUGCAGCGUCCCGGCUCCCUGGCAUGGUCGGCGGCCCCGAGGGCUGCAGCCAGAUUGUCACUUCUCCUGGCUCUGUGUCCUCCUGCUGGCCAGCCUCCUGCUCCUGCUGCUCGGGCUUCUGGUGGCCAUCAUUCUAGCCCAGCUGCAGACUACACCCCUGCCCGGGGCCUCCUAUCACCCACUGCCCCCCCAAGGCUUCACCACCACCACCACCACCACCACCACCACCACCACUCCCACCCCCUCUCCAGCAACAGGGAACCCUAAAGGACAGCUGAAGGAGGCAGGCAUGAGCCCCUCACCGCAGUCCUCCUGUGGGGGCCUCCUCCCUGGCCCAAGGGGCUUCUUCAGCAGCCCCAACUACCCAGACCCUUACCCACCCAACGCCCACUGCGUGUGGCAUAUCCAGGUGGCCGCAGGCCAUGCAGUACAACUCAAGAUUGAAGCGCUCAGCAUGGAAAGCGUGGCCUCCUGUCUUUUCGAUCGUUUGGAAAUCUCCCCUGAGCCUGAGGGCCCCCUCCUCAGAGUGUGUGGGAAGGUGCCUCCCCCUACACUCAACACCAACGCCAGCCGCCUCCGGGUGGCCUUCGUCUCUGACAGCAGUGUGGAAGGAUCUGGUUUCCAUGCCUGGUACCAGGCUGUGACCCCCGGGAACGGGAACUGUGCUCAUGACGAGUUCCCCUGUGACCAGCUCGUCUGCCUGCUACCUGACUCAAUGUGUGACGGUUUUGCCAACUGUGCUGACGGCAGCGAUGAGGCCAACUGCAGCACCAAGCUCUUGGGGUGUGGGGGGAAUCUGACUGGGCUCCAGGGAAAUUUCUCUGCUCCCAGCUACCUGCAGAGGUACCCUCACCAACAGGAAAAGGCUUGUCCUUGCUCAGCCCAAAGCCUUUGUUCCACAUUGCCCUUCUGCGGAAGGUUCUGUGGAGCGGAGCCACCACCUCGCCUCAUCUCCUCCAGCCACCAGCUGGUGGUGCUCUUUAGGACAGACCGUGGCAUCAGCAGUGGGGGCUUCUCUGCCACCUACAGGGCCCUCAGUGCCACAGAGAACCCCUGUGGGCCCGGGGAGUUCUCCUGCCGCGAUGGAGGGUGUAAGAGUCUGCAGUGGAUGUGUGACACGUGGAGAGACUGCACAGAUAGCAGCAAUGGCAACUGCACCAGCCCCUUGCUCCCGCCCCCAGAGCUGGCCUGUGAACCCGUCCAGGUGGAGAUGUGCAUCGGCCUGAGCUACAACGCCACAGCCUUCCCUAACAUCUGGGUGGGCAUGGCCACCCAGGAGGAAGUGAUGGAGGUCCUCAGAAGUUACAAGAGCCUGACAAGUCUACCCUGUUACCAGAACUUCCGGAGGCUCCUCUGUGGGCUGCUUGUGCCCCACUGCACCCCCACAGGCAGCGUCCUUCCCCCUUGCCGCUCUGUCUGCCAGGAGGCAGAGCUCCAGUGCCAGUCCGGCCUGGCUCUACUGGGCACCCCCUGGCCUUUCAACUGCAACAGGCUGCCUGAGGCGGCUGGCCUGGAGGCUUGUGCCCAGCCCUGACCCUGAAGCAGGCACCUGCCCUCUGCCUGCCCAUCCACCUUUGCCUAUCAGGGCGGGCAGGCAGGGGACUCUGCCCAUCCUCUCUGGAGCCUCCCAGGGAGGGGAAGAGGAGUCCCCAGAGGGGCUGAUGGAAGCUUCCCUGUCCCUUUACUUGCCCCAGCUCCACACCAUGCCAUUGACAGUGAGGACUGCUUCCCACCCAAGCCUCUGACCCCCAUUUCCUGUCUCCUGCCCUCCCCUCGCCACCUCCUUUUUCAGGUUCUCCAUCACCUGCCUUUUGACUUUUGUCAUUUAUUCAACAACAAUGUAUUGAGUGCCUAGGAAUUGUGGCAGGCCCUGCUCUGAGUCCUGGGGAUCCAGUUGUCCGUGUGCCUCUAGAACUCUCCACCCUGGGUUCUCAGCUUCUAUUUCUCCUGGACUAGUCUGGUGCAUCACCGCACCACCUCUCCUUCGGCUCCUUGGAGCAGUGGGUGUCCUGAGUGUCUGUCUCACACAGCUCUGCCUCUCUGUGCCCAGCUAAGACUCUCUCCCCCUCCUUUCUCUCCCAAACCUUGGCCAGCGGCCGGGCGACACCACGAGUUAUUUCCCUGCUAUUUCCCGGCUCGGAGUUCUUGGCCCCUGAACAACUGGUUUCCUCUUGGAGUCUGGGAGGAGCAGAGCGGAGCCGGCAGGGAGCGAACCGGGACCAGGGGGGCGAAGAGGGCAGGGGACGCCUGGCAGGGGGGAAGCGCAGGGGCGGGACAGGGGUCAGCUGGAGGGUCCGGAGAAGCGAGCGAGCGCCCCGAAGGAGGCCCCGGGAGCCGG